AUGCAGUCCGCCGCCGCCAACAUGGCCGCCAGCAAACCGGCCGACGAAUCGUCGGGGUCGUCGCCGUCGUCGCCGUUGAAGAUGGGGCAGCUCGAAGGGGUUCAGGAGAAGCCGCAGUCACAAAUUCAAACGCAGCCGAAGCAGACGGCGACGGCAACGACACCAGCGCCUCAGAAGCAGAAGAAGACGGCGGAACCGUCCCUGCGGUAUCCGUUUUGGUUCGGAGGCAGCGCAAGUAGUAUGGCCGCCUGCGUGACACAUCCCCUGGAUUUGGGUAACUGCGCUCCCCCUCCAAAGAGAAAACACCAAAAAACCGACCAUUCGGUCCACGAUGGCGAACUCAAGCUCUCCCGGCACUCUUUGAAACCAAGAGACCGCGUCCGCCUCCAGGUCCGCCGCCCCGACGCGCCAAAGAACAUGGUCGGCACCUUCACCCACAUCAUCCGCAACCACGGCGUAACAGGCCUCUACAACGGCCUCUCGGCCUCCCUCCUCCGCCAAAUGACCUACUCCACCGUCCGCUUCGGCGCCUACGAGGAGAUGAAGAUCCGCGCAACCCGCGCCAACGAAGGCAAAACCCCUGCCUUCCCAGUCCUCGUCGCAAUGGCCUCGGCUGCGGGCUUCGUCGGCGGCAUCUCGGGAAACGCCGCCGACGUCCUCAACGUUCGUAUGCAGCAGGACGCUGCCCUCCCCGCCGCCGAGCGCAGAAACUAUAGCCACGCCCUCGAGGGCAUGCUGCGCAUGGCGCGCGAGGAAGGCAUCAUGAGCUGGUUCAGGGGCGUCCUGCCCAACAGCAUGCGCGCCGCGGCCAUGACGGCCUCACAGCUCGCAUCCUACGAUACCUUCAAAGGCUUGCUGAUCCGUAACACGCCCAUGGGUGAUAACCUGACGACGCACUUUACGGCCUCGUUCCUCGCCGGUGUGAUGGCGGCCACGGUGACGAGUCCCAUUGAUGUCAUCAAAACGCGCGUCAUGUCGGCGAGCACGCAGGAGGGGCUGGCGCAUACGCUGGCCAAGAUUUACAAGGCUGAGGGCCUUGGCUGGAUGUUCAAGGGCUGGGUGCCCAGUUUCCUCCGCCUCGGACCACAAACCAUCUGUACAUUUGUCUUCCUAGAAAUGCAUCGCAAGGUCUAUAGAAAGGUUGCCGAUAUCGGCAACAGUGAGGAUGCGUCCAUUAAGGGGUAA